UUCAAGAUCCCAAAUUCUUAUGCUACUUCGGACCUGGACAGCCUGUGGCCUCAGCGUGUCGCAGUGGCCCCAAGCGUUGGAGCCGUCGAAGAGCUUUCUGGGGACGUUUUCCCAGGGCCCAGCCUCAUCUAAGACACCCUGGCACUGCCACCAUCCCAGCCAGGAUGAGCCUGCUGUUCCUUGUCCUUCUCUCGCCAUUUUCCUGUGUUUUGGGACUUCCAUUCUACAAUGGCUUCUACUAUUCCAACGGUCUGCAUGGCAGGACCCUGGGAAAUAGCUACGGGGAAGGCCUAUUCAAUGGCGUGAAGUUAGUGGUGGAGACGACGGAGGAGUCCCUGUUCAGUCACCAAGGAGCCAGCGUGACCCUGCCCUGCCACUACCACUAUGAGCCAGCCCUGGCAUCCCCAAGACAUGUGCGUGUUAAGUGGUGGAAGUUGUCAAAGAAUGGAGCCCCAGAACAGGACGUGCUGGUGGUCAUCGGGCAGAGGCACCACUCCUUUGGGGACUACCAAGGGCGAGUUCAACUGAGGCAGGACAAGCAGCAGGAAGUCUCACUGGAGCUUCGAGACCUGCGGCUGGAGGACUCUGGGCGCUACCGCUGCGAGGUCAUUGAUGGCCUGGAAGAUGAGAGUGGCCUGGUAGAGCUGGAGCUUCGGGGUGUGGUUUUUCCCUACCAGUCCCGCGAAGGGCGCUACCAGCUCAACUUCCACGAGGCCCAACAGGCCUGCCAGGAGCAGGAUGCCGUGGUAGCCACUUUUGAGCAGCUUUUCCGAGCCUGGGAGGAAGGCCUAGACUGGUGCAAUGCAGGCUGGCUGCAGGAUGCCUCCGUGCAGUAUCCGAUAGCGCUGCCCCGGCAGCCCUGUGGAGGUCUGGGUCUGGCACCUGGUGUUCGCAGCUAUGGCCAGCGCCACCACCGCCUGCAUCGUUAUGAUGUGUUCUGCUUUGCUGCUGCCCUCAAGGGGCAGGUGUACUACCUGGAGAACCCCGAGAAGCUGACACUGCUGGAGGCCCGGGAGGCCUGUCAGGAAGACGGUGCACAGAUCUCCACAGUGGGCCAGCUCUUUGCGGCUUGGAAGUUCCGUGGCCUGGAUCGUUGUGAUGCUGGCUGGCUGGCAGACGGAAGUGCCCGCUACCCUAUAGUUCACCCUCGACUCAACUGUGGCCCCCCUGAGCCUGGAGUACGGACCUUUGGCUUCCCAGAUCCCCAUACCCGCUAUGGUGUCUACUGCUAUGUCCAGCAUUAGCAGGGUGUCUAGCUGUACAUCUGCCCUGCCCCUGACUUCCUGGGCUGAGUGUUUAUCAGGUGGACCACUGUCCCUUGUGGGUUGGGGGAUUGCUUGGAUAGUUUUUAUACUUCCCAACUUAAACAUUUAAAGGUAUCAUUAUUAUGAUUAUUAUUUUUAAAGUAUUAUUAUUAUUUAUUUUUCUAUUUUACAGACCCAACUCUUAAUUCUCUUGGCAUCCUCUCUGGGGUAUUUGAGGUCCAUUGGCUUUAAAAAGGCUCUGCCAUGUUCUGGUACAGCUGCCAUCCCUACUUGAGGAAACUAGCACUCACCAUGGGCAAUAGCUAUGACUAGCUCCCUUUCCUCAGCUUAUACGUGGCAAAAGGCUGAGUGUUGACUCUUUACACAGGGUCCUCAGACUUGUGGGUGAGGACUUAGGCAAGGGAGAAUUUCCCUUCUUCUCCUGGUUCCAAAGAGUCUAGGUCUCCUUCCCAUGUCCCCUGCUUAGGAGUGACUCUCUGGUUGUGUGCACCUUAUUUGGCCAACAAAGGAUGCUAUGAUUCCCUUCCUUUCUUUCCAACUGACCCUUGUAUCUGACCCUUUGUCUCCUUCAGUCUCAGGGACUAGGGAUCCCAGCCCUGGGUAAGCAUGGAAUAACUCCUGUCCUCCAUCUUCCACUGGGCUGCCCCUGCAUGCUGGUUUGGUUUGACCUUGUCUAACCUACAGCAUACCUGCCUCAUGUUGCUGGUCCAGCCACUGGGAAUCUGGUUCCCUUCUUCACCAUCUCCACCCCAGGAUGGCCCAGCUGUGAGGGCCUUAGGAGAAGAGUAGGAGGUGCUUUUCAUGAAACAGGGGCUCCUGUGCUUUCUAGAGGGCCUCAGAGGCUGAGGACCAGGGAGUGUCUUUGUUCCUCACCCUAACAAUACUUCAGGGAACCAGACUUGUAUUUCAUCCAGUUGUCUCCUGGUGCUUAGCAAUCAGGUAUUUAGUCAGUUUUUCUUUUCUUUAAAAAAAAAAUGUGUGCGUGCAUGUGUGUGUGUGUGUCUCUCUCUCUUUGUGUGUGUAUGUAUGUGUCUCAGUAUGUGUAUGUAUAUGUGUGUCUCUUUGUGUAUGUGUAUCUGUGUGUGUGUGUAUGUGUGCAUGUGUUUGUGUGUAUGGGCAAGUAUGUAUAGACGCCUGCAGAGGCCAGUUAGGGCACUUGAUCCCCUGGAACUAGAAUUAUGUAUGGGUUGUGAGCCACCUGACGUGGAUGCUCUGCAGGAACACCAAGCCCUCUUAACCCCUUAGCCAUCUAAGUCAACCCCAACCUCCUAAGAUGGCUUCCUUUUGGAGGAAGGGAGAUGAGCAGGGAUUGAGACAGUCUCACAUAACCAGAGCUGGUCUUGAGCUUUCUGUAUAGCUGAGGAUGGCCUUAGACUUCAAUCCUCUUGUUCCCCAGUGCUGGGACUACAUGUAUGCACCAUCACACAUGACUAACAGCCUCUGGGAAUUUGUUAAACAUUCAAGUUCCCCUGCCUCACUCCAGUGUGUUAUGCCAGCCCUUCAGGUGACAUGCUACCCUGUUUUGCUAGUGGAGAUGGAACCUAAGGUCUUACAUGUCUGUUAGUCAGAUGCUCGCACACCAAGUAUUCAGGCUAUCUCAUCAUGCAAGUAGCUGGGAUUAUAGGCUAUGCUACCAAGUCUGGUGCAUUUAGUCUCUCUUGAGUACUUCUUUUGUUGUUUUGAGACAGGGUCCUACUAUGUAGCCCAGGCUGGCUCCUGUCUCAGCUCACUGAGACAUCAUGCCUUGUCUUAAGUUCCCAUUGAGCCCACCUGCAAACCUGCACUCCGAACCACAGAAUGACACAGGGGGAUGAGCGCAUUCAGGCAUACACACACAAAUAGGUCCCAUGUGUUCACACAAACACGCUGUAUUCACACACUCGCAGGGACCGUGACAGGGUCCAUCAAACGUAGUGUCAUUCUGACAAGGCAACUAGCUGUUACUGAACACACAGGACUCACACACCAUUUUAGAGUCAUGUGAUCAAAGUGUGACUCCAUAGAGGUCCCAGAUCAUGGUCACAGUCAUCUUUUACUUAAAUAAGACUUAGAAUAGAUUUU